CAUUUCAGAGAAGCUGGCGAAGGAUGAUGAUGAACUGCUUGAGCGUUGCGGACCGCCGCCUCAUCGACGCCGUCGCCACGAUGGAUGCGCACCAGGAGGCGAUGAGCUACGACGCGCAGCAGCACCGGCGGCUGCAAUGCCGCAAGAGCCAAAAGUCCUUUCGCGAUCGCAAGAAGAAGGAGCACGAAGCCAUCAUCACGUCCGUGACCGCGCUCCAGGACGAGGUCGCGGCGCUGCAGCAGCGCGCGGUGAGCCUCGUGCGCCAAGUGCCACUCGUUCACGUGCUUCGCAUCCAGCCCGACUUUGAUGGCGGGCCUACGGCCAAGACGGCCCGCCAAUACAUUACCCUCUUCAAGCAAGGGUACAACGCGUCGAGGCGCAAGCUGAGCGUCAAGCAAGCCAAUUUCCUAUCCGCCAUCGCGGUGCCUGAAGUCCGAUACAACCAUGGCGUCGGGAUCCAGUGCAUUUUGGACAACUGGCAACGCUACACCUCGUCCUUUUCUUCGGUGUCGUUGGAGAUGCACAAUUGCGUCGUUACGAAGACGGACGAUGGUGCGAUCGUCAAGGGCGUCGUCAAGUCCUUCCUCAAGAUCAGCCGCAGCUCCAUUAGCACCUUCUUCCCCCACUGCCCCGACCACCUCAAGUCCCGGCUGGUCGGUCAAGUCAUGACGGUAUAUUCGACAAUGCACUGGUGCUUUGACGACGACGACCGUCUCGUCGCGCUCACUGGCGACGCAGACUUUACGACCGCGCUUCUCUCGAUCCUGCACGACAUUGACGCUGUCGCCGCCGUCUUGAACCAAGCCGUCUUUGGACACGUCCCCGAAGUGCCUGUCGCGCCGCUGCCAAAAAAGAUGGAGCUCUCGUACAUUACGUAGUAUCGUACUAGUCGACAACUAACAAAAUUCACAUGCCCUGGGAGUCGCUCGCCCUUGCGGCGCAUGGACAAACAGCCCCGCAGAUUU